AUGAUGCUUGUCAAGGCUGUGCUGUGUUUAUCGAGUUUACACUUCUUCAGUGUUGCGGCUCAGGAGCAAUGUACAGAUUUGCGCGGUCGGUUGAUUUCCCACGGACUUCAUUAUGUGCCUGGCCCAGAUACUUGUACUCUGUGCGUUUGUGACAAUGGAUUACCAAAAGUGUGUAAGGCGGUCCUAUGUUCACCUCCUCAGGAUUGCCGAUCUUUCCGCGUGGGUAACACAUGUUGCGAGUUCAUUUGUUUGGACGACGUCGUGAAGCCCGCGGAAGGGGCGGAGGCCAAUGUACGCAUGGCGGCCGGAGGCGCUGCCGCCGUGGUCCUCCUAACGGUCGCGCUGGUCGUGUACCGGGUUAGGAAGCAGAAGCGACGCCGCCCUCCACAUGCUGAUGACCAGAGGAGCUUAACUAGCAUUGGGUACAUCAGUGGCAGUAUGGGCUACAUGGGCGGUACGUGUGAGACAGCGCUGGCCGCGUGGAAGCCGCCCAGUAACUACCUGCCUAGAGGAGAAGCGCCGCCGCCCUACGACGAAGCCAUCGCCCAAUGUCGACCUGAUAACAUGAGAGUGUCAAACGAGCCUUCAUACCACCGCACGUACCCGGCGACAGUAGAGACGAUGUCUCGGCCGGACGACGUGCCGUGCGCCGGACACGGAUACGUCAACGUACCGCGGCCCGUCACACAGGUCACAUAUUAUAUCGCCAACACUCAGAACUGUUACAACGCGCCCCUGCUGCAGCCGGUGCACCAGCCGGACAGUCGCGAGCCCGCCCCCAUGACACAUCAUCCUCUCGCGCCCAACAUGGUGGGGUUCCCUAGCGCCAUCCGCCUGACGGGGUCGCUGGGCGCCAUCAGCAACCGCGGCCUGCUGUCGGUGCUGGCCCGCGACCCCGACCGCGGGCCUGACCGCGGGCCUGACCGCGCGCCCGACCGCGACCACGAGCGACCGCACAACGUGCCCGGCUUCUACACUAACGCGCCCAACGUACAUACCUCACUGCACCGCACUAUCCCCCGUAUAUCGACUGCAGUGGACGCUACUCUCCUAGACACGCCUAUAUCCGGGUUCAACCGCGCGGACCGUUCGCUACACAAUGAGAUCCGCCGCUCCUUCCACAAGCCCAGCGACAACAACCGACACAACGCCGACACUGGCCGCAGCAUGCCCAGGAACCUUAACCUCGCGUCAGCUAACGAUAUCACGAGGAACAUCGAACCAGUCGAUGUGGACACGAGCCAGGCCCGUUUGAGCGGUAGUACAGGAUGGCGAGGCCGGACUCAUAGCGAGGAACAUAACGUGGGCGCAGAGCGGGCCGCAGACACUGCCACACCUGCACCGCAUGCACAGCACACUCAGCACACUCAGCAUAAUCAGCACACUCAGCACACUCAGCAUACUCAGCAUACUCAGCAUCCUCAGCACACGCAGCAUACGCGAGGACCUCACGCCCCGCCCGCGCCCGCGCCCGCGCCGCCUGCGCCACAGCCCACACUGCCACUCACCGUCGACAAGCCGUCGUGCGUGUGCAGUUACUCUGGCUCGGCCCCGGGCGCGGAGGACGCGGACGACUACCGCAGCGAGUGCGAGAACUGCAAGUCGGCCAGCAGCUCUAGAUGGGUCCUGGAGGAGGGCUGGGAGGGGGGCGGGCUGGAGGGCGGCGGCACGCAGACGCUGCAGCGGCGCGCGCCGCCCGCGCCCGCGCCGCCGCCCGCCACCGCCACCCUGCCGCAACCCGUCACCAAGCAACCUCGAACAGUGAUGGGUCCUCCGUCUAACUGGGAGAACUGGUUCAACACGAUCCCUGACUCCGACUCCGAGUCCGAGGAGGAGUAG